AUGUCGCUACCGUUUUCCAUCAACCCCUCGGCCAUCCCGAUGGUCAGGACCCGGAAGGCCCUUAUGAUUCUGGACCUUCAGAACGAUUUGGUGUCUCCCGAUGGCCUUCUUCAUGUGAAUGAACCUGAGGGCUAUGUCAACCGCAUCGCGGACUUGGCCAAGGCUUUUCGCGACUCAGGUGCUGGUGAUGUGAUUUGGGUGCGCAGCGAAUUCGAGCACCAUCGUCCCCUGACCGAAGACGGUGACCAGAUUAUCACCACAGAUACCGUCAUGAGAGAGAAGAAGAGCGGACCGUCACGGGGACGGCAACCCAGAUCCAGCGAGCACGACAGCGCGGUGAUGGAAAAUGACCCGGAAGCCUUCCUCAGCACUGGAACCGAUAAACAACCCACGUCGUGUUGUCAGAAGGGCACGCAAGGUGCCGACUUUGCCCCCGAGAUCAAGGCGGCCAUUGUGACGGGACGGGACAUGAUCGUCACCAAGACGCACUACAGUGCCUUUGCUGCGGGCCAACAGCAGCUGGUGCAGAUGCUACGGGGUCGAUUCGUGACCCAGAUUUAUGCCUGUGGAGCGCUCACCAACAUCAGCAUUUAUGCAACGGCGCUAGGCGCAGCACAACAUGGAUAUGACGUGACGCUCGUCGAAGACUGCUGCGGCUUCCGGAACACCAUGCGCCACCUGAACGCGGUGCGCCAGCUCGACAAAUUGACGGGCUGUGGGGUGAUCAGCUCGGAGAACUUGCUGGAGCAAUUGCAGCCGCCCCCGGCGCCGCAGUUAUCCACUGGUCUAUCGCCGGCCAUCUCCAAAAUCUCGCUCGACCGGGGCGCUAGCGGCAUUAGGGCCGGCCGCGGGGGUGGGUCCGGGCCCUCCGUCGGAGUCCCUGAGCUGGGAGCCCGGGCCCCUGAGGCCCCUAAACCCCAUCAACCUCCCCAAGUGCAAGAGUCACCGGCGCCAAGCCAACCCAAAGCUGGCUGUCAGAAUCCGUUCGAACCGAUCGGCCUGAUCGAGGCCGACUCUGACCCCUCGUCGUCGGAGCGUGAGUCAGGAAGCGCAUCGGGCAUCAAGCGGAGCGAAUGGGGGAGCUCAAAAGGUCCGGCCUCAUCCUCCAUCUCCUCACUCUCCCCUUCUUUGAACAUCGGAAUACCCAGCGCCCAAGCUGAACAUCCCAGCAACGUGAUACGGGUCCCAAAACGCGUUCAUCGUCGGCCAUCGGAUCGCAAGCGGCCUGUAUCACCGCCUAUAGACGUCUCAGCAGAAAAGCUCGACACAACGCCCGAGGUGGCAGACUCAGUUCCAAAGUUGACGGUCUCGAGCCCCGCGCCCCCUUUGGUACCAGAGAAGCCGGAUUCAGCGGACGGCAUGGCGAACCCAGAGUUAACCACCGCUGUGGGCGAGCGCUUGUGUGAGGGCGACACACACGUCAUUACAAAUGUCUUGCCCCCAUCCCUCGCCACCGAUGCCUUUGAGCGUUUGCUGGAGGAAGUCAGCUGGGCCAGUAUGUCCCACAUGGGAGGUGAGGUACCGCGCCGCAUCGCCGUGCAGGGCGAUGUUUCCGAUGACGGCAGCAUGCCCGUCUACCGCCAUCCCGCCGACGAGUCGCCUCCGCUGCUUCCUUUCUCACCCACCGUGUUGCAGAUCAAGACCGAGAUUGAGAAACACUUGGGACACUCCCUCAACCAUGUCUUGAUCCAGCACUACCGUACCGGGAACGAUUAUAUCAGCGAGCAUAGCGACAAGACGCUGGACAUCACCCCUGGAAGCUUCAUCGCCAACGUCAGUCUCGGCGCGGAGCGCACUAUGAUCCUGCGUACUAAGCGUCCGCCAAAGGAGAAGCAUGCGGGCGCCGACCAAGAAGAGCCCUCCACGGCAUCUACCACGGAACCAACAACGACAACAACAGCAGCGGCAGCAUCAAAAGAAUCUCCCACUGGUGCCGACACCUCUGCCAACACCGUCACCCGCCAGACUCACCGUGCGCCGCUCCCGCAUAACUCCCUGCUCCGCAUGGGCCUACGCACCAACACCCGCUGGCUGCACGCUAUCCGCCAAGACAAGCGCGCCGACCGCGACAGGACGGCUCCCGAACUAGCCUACGGCGCCGCCCGCAUCAGCCUGACCUUCCGACGCAUCGGCACCUUCAUUGACGCCUCACAAGCCCUAAUCUGGGGCCAAGGGGCGACUUCCAAAACCCGUGAUGGGGCAAAAGAGGUUCUGAACGGCCAGACCGAGGAGGCAGUGAGGCUGUUGAAGGCCUUUGGCGCGGAGAAUAACAAAAGUGAGUUUGACUGGGAUGAAUGGUACGGCGCUGGGUUUGAUGUGCUGCACAUGGGCACUCCGAAACGGUUCUUCCCCAGCAGCAGCACCACCCGAUCUGGCGCGGCCGUGGGGAACUUGCGCGUGGCGCUGGCGCUGGCCGAAUUGGGCGUGAGUUGUGCUAAGGGGAGUGUGGAAGGCGAAGUGCGUUGGGAGGAUAACGAUCCUGGACGGGGGGCGGUGGUGGAGGGGGACGGUACGGUGUUGCGGUAUCUAGAUGCUGCGUAUGGAGCGGGCAGGAGGUACGAUCAGAUGCUACCGGGAGAGGUGGCGAGGAGAUUUGGGCGACUGCAGAAGGGGCUAGAUUUGUUUGGGAAGUGGGAGGCUGCCGCAAAGGAUGCUGGGUUGGAUAUCAAAUCUGAGGGGGUAAAGGCUACGGAGGGCCAAGUCACGGACGUUGCAAAGGUGUUGAAAAGGGAGUUGGCGGAUUGGGAAAUAUGGGCGACUGAAGCGGCCUCUACUACCUCUACCUCGGCCACUUCCACCACUGUCCCUACCACCGCUGCCACCUCAGAAGCCUCAACACCCAGCACAUUCUACAUCGCGAGCACCAACCACCCUUCACCUGCCGACUUUGCCGUGUGGCCAGUGUUGGACGAGAUGGUGGGGGUAUGUGGUCAGGACUUGCUCGGUGAGAAUCUGAGGCGAUAUUAUAACGCCUUCAAGGGGAGGAGCUCGGUUUCGAAGGCGCUGGGGCAGCUUAAGAAGGAGUAG